UUGGCUGAAUCGCCAAUUAGUUGUCCAUCGAUGCUCGACAGGGACGCACUGGAGGCACCUCUUAGGACUCCGUAUCUAAUCGGUCUCUUAGAAUAUUUUGUCAUUUCGCGUGACACGAUGUUAAGUGAAAACCGAUAACUCCAUUAACGUCCCUCGAAGAUGUGAUUGUACGGAAAUGCGGAAACAAGGCGGUACAUACUUCUAAUCGACUCGAAUUCAUGGAAGGACAUUCUAUGACGUCGGUGGAAAAAAAUAGCGUUAUCCUUAAUUGAAAAAUGUAUAAAUGAGAAUAUCAAGCAAUGACGCGUUAAAAUAUAAGUGCACUUGUAUCCGUGAGUUUUGCAGCCGUUAUGCUCAGUCUUCGUUGUUGCAUAAUCGUAAACAUUUGCUACCCUCGCGGGUGAUAGUGGUGCGUAUAAUCUCGAACCAGUUUAAGUGAUAAAAGUUCGUAAGUUGUAAGUGCAAGUAAGGACACAUUCAGUUGCCAUAAGUGCGUGUCGUAUUUGUAAGGUCGGAUUAACGAGCUUUGUUAACUAAAACGAGAACUAAGGCGGAGAAUAAUUUAUAUUCCUCAUAGAUAUACGAGACCGAGGAAUGGAAACUGGCUCGAGGCCUUGAUCAUGAAAUGCUAAUGGAAACGCAGAUCUGAAUUACGCCAAGAGCGGAAUGGUGCACCACACAGACAGUAACGCGUUCAUUAUCGUUGCAUAAUGCAAGCCAUCUGCCGGGUUUAGAAAAAAUUAUAUGUACUUGUUCCAAGAGGCGAGAAAAGAAACCAACGUACUUAAUGGCUCGAGUGCCUUUGUAGUUAAUUAAACAGCAAAUAAGGUCGAGCGUUGACAUUGGCGAAUACGCGAGGAUGCGGAAAAGACUCGUCUCGUAAAUUACUAGAAAAUAAUGAUUUCGCUUUUGCUGGUUUUCGCAACCUAAAAGUAAGAAAGAAAAAAAAUGUGUAACCGUGCCGAGCGAGGGAUAAAUUACUCGAUGACAUAAUUUACUAAGAGCAUCCAAGGCCGAAGGAAUUUAUUAAGAUCAAUGGAAAGCUUUAACUCUGAAAAUUCUAGCGGAAGUUUAAUUCCUACCGACCGUAAACCGCGGGUGGAAGGCUGAGUCGUUCAUAAAGCCAUUGCAUAAUGGAAAACAUUUGCUGGAAUCGUAGAACGUGACACGCUCUCCGCCGUUCCUCGGUGCAAUUGAAGGAUACGUGCGUUCGUACACGAGGAAUUGCUCUCCACGAUGCCCUAGUCCGUUUUUUAUUUUUUGACGUGGUAUGCCUUUUACGGGGAUAUCUCAUGGGCAAAUCCCAGCGGCGUGACAAGAGUCUAUUACGCGUACUCGCUAAUUGUCGCUCACCUAAUUGCACGAACAGAAACGAAAUAUACGUCGUUCGAAAGAAAUAGUCUAUAUCGUAAAGAUGAAAUGUGUGAGAAAUUUUGAAAAUCGACUAAAUGGCAUCAUCUCAAGCUUGACAUUGAUUUUCUAGCCAGUUGGCAUCGUCAUUUUCCUUGUUACAUCCCGAUACAACAAAAGUAUUCGAAAAUUAUGCCUUGAAAAACUUCAACCCGUCGAGCGAAAUAUGAUUUCGAAGGACGUAUUCUAUCCGAGAUUUGCGGCAGAGGUGAAAGUUUGAACUUUUUUUUAUUACUUUCGAGCUCGUCGGCACGAGGCAUUAAUUCGGGAAAUUCUUUCUCAAGCUUGACAUUGAUUUUCUAGCCACUUGGCAUCGUCAUUUUCCUUGUUACAUCGCGAUACAACAAAAGUAUUCCAAAAUUAUGCCUUGAAAAACUUCAACCCGUCGAGCGAAAUAUGAUUUCGAAGGACGUAUUCUAUCCGGGAUUUGCGGGAGAGGUGAAAGUUUGAACUUUUUUUUAUUACUUUCGAGCUCGUCGGCGCGAGGCAUUAAUUCGGGAAAUUCUUUCUCAAGCUUGACAUUGAUUUUCUAGCCAGUUGGCAUCGUCAUUUUCCUUGUUACAUCGCGAUACAACAAAGGUAUUCCAAAAUUAUGCCUUGAAAAACUUCAACCCGUCGAGCGAAAUAUGAUUUCGAAGGACGUAUUCAAUCCGAGAUUUGCGGCAGAGGUGAAAGUUUGAACUUUUUUUUAUUACUUUCGAGCUCGUCGGCACGAGGCAUUAAUUCGGGAAAUUCUUGACCCACUUGUUGACAGAAUUAGGCGCUCUUGUUGACUGGGUUCGAGUCCACCGUCACGGGAUUGGAUUACCCAAAUUUUGUGUUAGGUCUCGUAAGCUCGUCGAGCGUGUCACAGGAAGUGGCCCGCGGAGUGUCUCCCUGUGGUUUGGGUAAACAGCUGAUGAGCUUUUCGCGCGAGACGCACUCCGAGAGCCAGUCGCUUCCACGCACUCGCCGGGGCACGAUAGAUAAACUCGCGCUCGAGUUCCCGAUUCCGAGGUUCACCUAAAACUCUCCGUUUUAACGCGAUAGGGCAAGAUUCUCGCAGCCGGAGAUACGGAAAUAAAGAGGGAACAAUAAGGCGUAUAAAUUGUACCGACAACGAGCACCGGACGACGACCUGUCGUUGAUAAAAAUUGAUAAACGAUCUUGAACACAGGACCCCGGGUAGAGUCUUAUCGCGGUUUUUUUCUUGCUGAAACGAACCCCGGGAUAAUCAUUUUUCCCGCUGUAGAAGCCUUUUUCGUGAUAAGAGGUUGACAGGUAAUCAGGAGCGAUCGGGGAUCUCGUUGGUGAGAAAUUAAAGAGAAGAAUGUACUUUGGAUUAAAUAGAGGGAUAGAGGGUGCACUGGAGGAGGGAUACCUCCUUGUGGAGGAAACUCCGGAACUAAGAAACCUGGACUGCUAGAGGAGGGGCUAUGAAAAGGUGAAAUUAAUUUCGGAAAUGGUGGAGUGAACCUCGGUGCCGAUGGAGUGGACCUGGUGGAAGGACUGGUGGAGGCUGAAGAAGUGGAGGAACCGGAACUCUGGAAAGGACUCGACGAUGUGCUCGGAAAACGGCGACCCCGAAGACCUGGAGGAUUGCUGUUUCUGCGACGAUUGCCUCGGCGAGCUGUCGGACGGGUGCAUCAGCGAGGAUGGGUGCAUGGGUGGAUCGGAGCUGGAGGGCGAAGGGAAGCAGGUUCUGGUGGGUAUAUGCGCUAUGGCCAAGAAAUCUCAGAGUAAACCGAUGAAGGAAAUCCUAACCCGCCUCGAGGAGUUCGAAUACAUCAAGAUCAUUGUCUUCCCUGAAGAAGUCAUUUUAAAGGAACCCGUCGAGGACUGGCCUAUAGUCGACUGCUUGAUAAGCUUUCAUAGUAAAGGAUUCCCCCUCGACAAAGCUAUUAGUUAUGCUAACCUUCGUAGCCCAUUUAUUAUUAAUAAUCUACCGAUGCAGUAUGACAUUCAGGAUCGAAGGAGGGUAUAUGCAAUCCUGGAUGGAGAAGGAAUCGAGAUCCCUCGCUAUGCAGUCCUCGAUAGGGAUUCAGCAGAUCCAAAACAUCAUGAGUUAGUAGAGUCCGAAGACCACGUAGAAGUUAACGGAGUGACGUUCAAUAAACCCUUCGUCGAGAAGCCAGUCUCUGCCGAAGAUCACAACAUUUAUAUCUACUACCCUACCUCCGCUGGCGGUGGUAGCCAAAGGCUGUUUAGAAAGAUAGGCAGCCGAAGUAGUGUAUAUUCUCCGGAGUCUCGGGUUCGGAAGACUGGUUCUUACAUUUACGAAGACUUCAUGCCCACCGAUGGCACCGACGUCAAGGUGUACACGGUUGGGCCAGACUAUGCCCAUGCAGAAGCCAGGAAGAGUCCUGCUCUCGAUGGCAAAGUUGAAAGGGACUCCGAAGGGAAAGAGAUCCGCUAUCCAGUUAUACUCAGCAAUGCGGAGAAACUUAUUAGUAGAAAGGUCUGUUUGGCUUUCAAACAGACAGUCUGCGGAUUCGACUUACUGCGUGCUAACGGCAAGUCGUUUGUCUGCGACGUCAAUGGAUUCAGCUUUGUGAAGAAUUCCAAUAAGUACUAUGACGAUUGUGCUAAAAUCCUAGGGAAUAUGAUAUUAAGGGAGCUGGCUCCCACAUUACACAUUCCCUGGAGCGUACCAUUCCAGUUGGAUGACCCACCAAUUGUACCUACAACAUUUGGCAAAAUGAUGGAACUACGUUGUGUCGUGGCAGUAAUCAGACAUGGUGAUCGGACUCCGAAACAGAAGAUGAAGGUUGAAGUGCGACAUCCCAAGUUCUUCGAAAUAUUCGCAAAAUACGAUGGUUACAAGCAUGGACAUGUCAAGCUGAAGAGACCCAAACAGCUGCAAGAAAUCUUGGAUACAGCCCGAAGCCUACUCACGGAAAUACAACAUCGAGCUGCUGGUCCGGAACUUGAAGAGAAGCAAGGCAAAUUAGAGCAACUGAAGAGCGUUCUAGAAAUGUACGGACACUUUUCUGGAAUUAAUCGCAAGGUGCAAAUGAAAUAUCAACCGCGAGGUAGACCGAGAGGAAGUUCCUCCGACGAUGGUAACACCUAUAAUCGUCUUGGAGAGCCUUCCCUGGUCUUGAUUUUAAAAUGGGGUGGAGAAUUAACUCCAGCCGGUAGAAUCCAAGCCGAAGAAUUGGGCAGAAUAUUUCGCUGCAUGUACCCUGGUGGUCAAGGUAGACACCUUAGUGGUGACUACGCUGGUGCUCAAGGCCUUGGGCUGCUUCGGUUGCAUUCUACCUUUCGACAUGAUCUGAAAAUUUAUGCCAGCGAUGAAGGAAGAGUUCAAAUGACUGCGGCAGCUUUUGCCAAAGGUUUAUUGGCUCUUGAAGGAGAACUAACGCCUAUCUUGGUGCAAAUGGUGAAGAGUGCGAACACCAAUGGCCUGCUGGACAAUGACUGCGAUAGCAGUAAAUACCAAAACAUGGUAAAGACGCGACUUCACGAAUUGCUACAACAAGAUCGUGAAUUUACACGGGAAGAUCGCGAACAGAUUAAUCCUGGGAAUGCCUUAAGCAUCAAUGCGGCUCUUGAUUUUGUCAAGAAUCCUGUAAGAUGUUGCCAACACGUCCAUUUACUCAUCCAGAAACUAAUGGAUAUUGUCCGAUUAAAGAAAGAUGACCCGAAGACCAAAGAUGCUAUACUGUAUCACGGAGAAACUUGGGAAUUAAUGGGUCGUCGAUGGGGGAAGAUAGAGAAGGACUUUUGCACGAAACACAAACGCUUCGAUAUUUCGAAGAUCCCUGACAUCUAUGAUUGCAUAAAAUAUGAUUUGCAGCAUAACAAUCACACGCUGCAAUUCGAUCAUGCCGAGGAACUGUACAUUUAUGCAAAGUACCUCGCCGACAUAGUGAUUCCCCAGGAGUACGGACUGACAGUACAAGAGAAAUUAACCAUCGGUCAAGGUAUCUGUACUCCGCUGUUGAAAAAAAUCAGAGCCGAUCUUCAAAGGAACAUCGAAGAGUUUGGAGAAGAAACUGUAAACAGGCUUAAUCCAAGGUAUUCGCACGGAGUGUCGAGUCCUGGUCGACAUGUGAGGACUAGAUUAUACUUCACCAGUGAGAGUCAUGUUCACUCUUUGCUCACUGUACUGCGUUAUGGUGGCCUUCUCGAUGUGAUAAAGGAUGAACAGUGGAGACGUGCAAUGGAGUACGUGAGUAUGGUGUCGGAGCUGAACUAUAUGUCUCAGAUUGUAGUGAUGCUCUACGAAGACCCAACGAAAGAUCCAAGUAGCGAAGAACGUUUCCAUGUGGAGCUUCACUUCAGCCCCGGAGUGAAUUGUUGUGUGCAGAAGAAUUUACCACCAGGACCAGGCUUCAGGCCACAUUCUCGAAACGAGAGUAGUCACAAUCUGGGUGAUGGUGGUUCGGGGCAAGACAACACAUCGCAGUGUAGCACUCGCAUCGAAGAAGAAGACGUGGAAUUGGGUAUACUUGAGGACGAUGUAUUGACACCACCGAUGCAGCUUGCUCAGCCUGUUCCGCCCAGAUUCUUGUUCCGAACUACCUCUCCUCCUCUCAUGGAACCCGAAGUGAUGGACCCUAUAUUGGAUAGUCCGACAACUAGUCGAGCCAUCGACAUGAUGGACCUGGAUCCAAACAUGAUGGAUGAACCAUUUGAUAGUGGUUUCUUACAAAGUUCAGCACCAAUCCCUAUUAGUGCUAGAACUGUAGCUGGUCACGAAGCAGCGAGACUUGGCAGUCAAUUGGCAGCUAGUCAACGACAAAGGCGAGAACGAGAAGCUGCAGGAAUUAACGAGCCCAGAGCUCGCAGUUACGAUCAUCAGCGGCAAGAAAAGCCAGACAAAAAAGAGACACCGGUGAUCAGGGUCCAAGCGGAGGCUGACUUCGAGGACCCACCGGAAGAGAGGGAAGUCCUCGAAGUCAAUCGCCUCGGCAAGCCGGUCACCCUGGCCCAUUCCGUCAGCUCUCCGGAGUUUCCGAUUCCGGUGACCCCCCUGAUAGCGGCACGCACCGAAGCAACCGGUCCUCUCGUAACCCUGCACAGCGUCCCCCUAGCUUCGCCUAGCAACAAGUGCGGCCCGCCCAUAGCGAACCAGGUUUCACAACCUAAGAACACUCCCCGAAACCUGGCCUGCGAACCCAAGGUCUACCAUAGGUCGCACUCCGAGAUGAGACUGCCCGAUAUCGAGGUCACCGACACGCGACCUUCGAUCAUUCAACCUGACCCUACCUGCACAGCGAGGCGCCACCGACACAGUAUCUCCGGACAGAUGAGUUAUUUCAAGCUGUUGGGAUACAACGUCAGCAAGAAACUUACCGGGUCGGCUAACAGCCUCUUCAGCACCGCUGUCAUCAGCGGCUCCUCCAGCGCGCCGAACCUCAAGGACAUGGUGCCGCCCCACGCCUCCGCCGUUGCCGCGAUCGAAGGAUUCGGUGGAGUGCCACCUAUCAGGCCGCUGGAGACUCUGCACAAUGCCCUCUCGCUGAGACAACUGGAUUGCUUCCUGGAGAUGAUGACCACUGGGCCUUUGUUCCGCACCCCGGCUUCGUCGCCUCCGAAGUUCCCGUCUCCUGGGGGCUCCACCCACGGUUCGGUCAUCCAGAAUCUCAGUAUCGGUGGCAUCAGUCGCGAGUACCACUCUUCCGAUUCGGAAGCUGUCAGGUACCGUAAGAAAUUAAAUAAGAGAUCUUUAUACAUCACCGCUACACCGAACCAAUAUAAGUUGGGACAAGAUGGGGAAGUUACCGACAUCAGGAACCAACCAUCACCUACCAGUCCAAACAGUACAGGCUGGAGCAGCGAGCCGCAAUCUUUCCUAUCUUCUGAACCAUCCUCUCCGGCUCCCACAUCUGCAGGAGAGUGCAGCAUGUCGAUAAGCUUAGUCAGUAACGACGGUUCGCAACCGUUCGGUGCCGGGCCAAAGUUCUCGACAACGCCGGGCCUGGACAUCGACUUUCACGACAUGUACAUGAACCCAGGUCAUGACUGUCGUGAGAGCCGUGGCAGUAUCUCUUAUACGGAUUACUACAGUAACGAAGAUGGACUGAUUCGCAGGAGUGGCACUUUUGGCAGCCUCCAAAAAACCGUCUGCACCGGCACCGGGGAGUUCGUCGUCGAUUCCCUGGACGACGACGAGGACCACACGCUGACGUUGAAACAAACCGAAGAGCAGAAGAAGCAGGACGUAAAGUACAUUUUCGAGCAGCGCGAAACCACCGGUGCGUCGAAGCCCAACCCCAGCUGCAAGAAGAUCGGAAGGUUCCGGGUGGAGAGUAUGGAGAUAUCCGACGAGGACGUCAGGAUAAAGGAAACUGUCUCGCUGAGCUCGAGCCUCUCCAAGGAACGAACUAAACUACCCGGCCAGAAGCUGGAAUCCUCUCGUACCGGAGACCAGGAACAGACUCAGGAUUCGAAGAAGACAGGUGCCUUCGGGGGGAAACGCAAGAAUUUCUCUCGGUCGCAGAGCGUAUGCACUCCUAAGUCGACCUCGUCGAAGACUGAAUUUGAUUUCGGUGCUCGGUACAACUCCUCGAAGCAGAAGAGUUCCUUCUCGACGAUGUCCAACGAAGAGCUGGAAACUCUUAAACUGUCUCUCGGUGAUCCUGCCCCUGUCUCACCUGCUGAUAAGUCCCCGGAGGAGCCGCUUUUGACCUUGGCUAGCAGUCUCACCAACAGCUCGAGCGUCAAGAUAGGCUUCGAUGUCCAAGACGAGAAGAAGGAAUAAAACCUGACCGGCUGUCUAAGGGAAUUUUUUUUUUCUCCGAUUUCUAUACACCUAGAGGAAUCGAAGGAUUCUCUGGAACCUGUUAUAUGGAUCGUUGAUGUUCCGCUGUAUUUUAUCUACGUAACGCAGAGUACGGAAGGAAGUUUAGUUGAGAAAUACUCAGAGGAAUACGAGAUAAAUUGCAAAGUCGAACAUUCCUUCGGCGAGUCCGGCUUGAAUCUUUAGCCACUAUUUAACUUUGUACAUCUUACGUAUUUAGGAUGGAAAUGUCGACUGAGCUAAACCUAAACAACGUUCGAGCUAAGAGGUGAAGAUUAGUUCUGCAAUGGAAGGCUGUAAUCGAUGCCGUUACAUUUCAGUAGUCGUCAUUUCUUUCGAGCUCGUAUUUGUUCUGCUUUCAUGUGAACACAUUUUGUGUAUUGAUUUUUCCCCAAACUCUUUACAAGUGGUAUUAUAGACAACAUAGUGGAAAGGUAGACUUACCAAUGGCAUAUUAUGAUCGUAAAUCAAAACUAAACUUCCCCAUUCUUUUCUUCGAUGUCUCGACUUUAAAGACAACUAGACUUUACAAAAAAAAAAGAGAAGUAUCAAUUACGCUUUCCUUUUAUUUAUUUAUCUAACCUUGUGUUGUUUCACAAGUAGAUAAUCGAUUUUAAAUAGAGAACGAAAUUGUGUGUGACUUGAGGCUGAAGUCUCGACGUUAAUUGAUGUCCAUCUACUUUGUUUUUACAAUGGGACCAGGUUUCGUGAAUUUCACAGCUGCUAUAGUUCUUUAUACGGAUAUCGAAGAAUAGAAAUGUUUAUUAUUCCCGUGUGUUAAUUGAAGGCCGAAGGAAAGUAGGAGCGAAGAAAGAAAUGAGCGCCUGUGUGCGCGUUUAUGGGUAAAGACGUAUAGCUCGGUAAGAACUUAUUAACUCUCCUGUCUGUUCUUAACAAGGACUUUGAGAAAUCUUAAGUGGGAAGAAAUAUAUUUUUUGAAGUUUUAUAAUUUAAGAGGACAUCAUGUGUUUCCCUUAGGUCGAGGUUAAAGACAACGAGGAUAAUUUCUAAUGUUCGCAGAGCGGCUGAUUUAAUUGAGUAAUCGUACCUCGGGGCCGAGGUCGUAGUUUCUUUCAAUAUUUCCUUCGCUUACGUUGGAAGUCUUGCAAGGGAAAUAGCAUAAGGCAGUACAUUCCUUAAGGGACCGAUCUCCACUUUCCAUCCUAAGAGUAUUCAGAAGAUCGCUAAGAACUUAUCUUCGUUGCCCAGAGAUGUUAGUCGAACCUUGUUGCCUCUGUAUCUGGUAGAGAUGGAUCGUUUAAACUAGACUAGACUUUCUUCUCGGACUUCUACUAAAAACAGUACUUAAACCGAGCAAACUGAUGCCGAGGUGAUAUAUAUAUAUUUCCUCCCGAAGAAAUAAAUAUUAAAUGGAGAAACGCGCGACACGUAUUACCUAUUUCUUUUUACUAAUCUUGACUCGUACGUCAGUCUGCUCUUUGGUAUGUAAAAUAAGAGUGGGGAAAAAAGUUACUUAAACGUUUACACGCUUUAUUCGAAGAAAGAAAGAAAGAGAAUAAAAUGGAGUCCUGCUCUUCGAGAGCAGACCGGUACGUAAUGUCCUUUCUGAUAUUUCCGCGGGAAUUAGGACAUGUUGGCUUAGAUUCUUCACCGAGUGGAUAAUUAAUAACGGCACUGUAAAUAUUCAAUUCGCUAUGUAUGACUCUUGGUCGAUCGUAGUUCCGCUAUAUCUCCUCCGCAAUAGUUACCGGUUUGCUCCGACAACACCGCUGAUAAUAAAGAAUUAAGAGAGAGAAAGUAUUUUCAUAAGAGUCAUUUAAACGUCCAUCCGUCUCCGAGGGAGACUAAGUAGGAGCUGAUAUUCAAUUAAACUAGCAAAGUACAAAGCUCGUAGUACUUAUGGCGAAUUGUGCACAUCCUUUGCAUCGGUCUAGGUCAAUCCAACUCUCUGCUGUACGAGAUAUAUCGUAGACAUAUCGUUGAUAAGUGUUCUGGUGUUAUAGAUAUCGUCGUUAAACCAACUAUUGUAGACCGAGUCGAGUACAGCAGAGAUUGCUGGAUUUGCACGGUUUAAUCGAGGAGAGUAUAUUAAGAUUGUACAUUGUAGAGCUUUAAGUAGUCGGUGAUAAAGUGCCUAGGAAGAUGAAAUGCCUAAAUUCUGCCUCUCUCGGCCGAAUAUAUAUAUAUAUAUAUAUGUUUUAGUCAACUCCUCUUUCUAGGCACUUCCUUCGAAUGAAUUUGGCGAUACUUAAUGAUUGUAAAAACGGGCUGGUUACCCUUUCAUUUAAGUUUCUGAAACAUUUGCACGAAGUAGGAGUACUUCCCUACCUGAUUAGGAACCCUGGAGCCGUGAUUUUUAAUUAUCAUUUUUCUCCGCCGUAAUCUAACUUCAUUAGGGAAUCCGAAUCAUUGAUUUGCACUACUAAUGCACCUGUGUUUUAUCAGGGAUCAUACGAACCAUGUGAAACCCUGUUAUAUUUUCCUAGGAUUUUAAUUGUCGUAACUCUGAAAAGUUUCGAAUCCGUUUUACUUCCAGUUGUUAACCCAUUUCCUUGACUGGCGAAAUCGACAUUACGCGUACAUUGUAAAUUGCGACGACAUACGUGUAUAAUAUUUUUUCUUUAUCCUCGAUUUUCGAAAACAGGGUGCUGUAAUGGCAUAGAUAACUAUCCUUAAACCGUCGGUGUACAGCGUAGAGAUUAAGUGGAUCUUUCCCUAGACUUUGACCGCGAAAGGAAUUUCCCAUGGAGGGGGAAAAAAUGCGAAUCCGAUAUUUCACUUGGGGCUCGAUUUACAUCCGAUUAUAAAAUGCAAAAAGCGAAACGCUCGCGUAGUCGAACAUCUUCGAGAUUUGCGGAAUCCGCGAUAUAUAUACUGUAAAUGACGUACGCAGAAAUAUACACGUGAUACCAAAUGA